AUGACAGACAACCACCAUCGCGAUGUGUCGCAGUACAAGUACUCGGCCAUGUCCAACCUGGUCCUCCAGGCGGACCGUCGAUUCGUCACCCGCCGCGCAGAUGAGGCCACCGGUGACCCCGAGUCUCUGGCCGGACGCCUGUCCAUCCGCGACAUGGGCUCGCGCAUGGCCCGUGACGACGCGCCCAAGACCAAAAAGGCCGCUCGCAUGCCUGACGUCGUGCGCGGCAGCAUACAAGAGGGCGGUGAUGUCCUUGCUAACCAACGGUCGAAGCGGAAGACCGAGACGGGCGGCAGCAUCCUCUCGGGCGCAGACCUGAUGGUCGAUGGUCUGCGGUACCGGCCUCGCACGCCGGCCACCCGGCAGACCUUUGAGCUCAUCCUGUCCAUCGUUUCCAAGAGCCUGGGCGACGUGCCGCAUGAGGUCGUACGGAGUGCGGCCGACGCGGUUCUGGAGUAUUUGAAGGAUCCCGACCUCAAGGAUUUUGACAAGAAGAAGGAGACCGACGACAUUUUGGGGGUUAGCAUGUCACCAAAAGAGUUCAACGAGCUUGUCAACUUGGGAAAGAAGAUCACAGACUACGAUGCUCAGGACGACGAUGAGGAUAUGGACGGGGCUGGCGCUGAUGAAGAGAUCGAUGACCGCCAGGGUGUUGCUGUGGAUUUCGAGGACGAUGACGAGGACGAAAUCGUCAACGAGGUCCGCGACGCAUCAUCAGAUGAUGAAAUGGAUGAGGACGAGGACGAGCCAGAACCUGGAGCCGCAGAAGACGCGGACGCAGCCGAGGGCGGAGCCGACCUCGUGGAGGGUGAGGCUAUGAUCAUUGAUUCCAUGCCUCAGGGUAAAAAAGCCGACGACCAGGACAAGGCUGCAAACUUCGUCUCGGCGCGCGAGAUCGAUGCGUAUUGGUUGCAGCGCCAGAUCGGCAGGCUGUAUCCUGACGCCCAUAUUCAGCACGACAAGACGCAUGCUGCAUUAAGGAUAUUGUCUGGAGAGCCUGACGAACCUGAAGGCGAAGAGAAGCAGCUGGGAGAGAUUGAAAACGACCUGAUGGAGCUCUUCGACUACGAACACCACGAGGUUGUGGGGAAGCUGAUCGCCAACCGUGAGAAGGUGGUUUGGUUGACAAAGCUGGCCAGAGCUGAGACCAAUGAAGAGCGCACAUCGAUUGAGCGUGAAAUGGUUUCUGAAGGCUUGCGCUGGAUCUUGGAUGAACUUCACGGCAAGGCUGGUGAUGAGCCUAAGAAGAAGGUCGAGAUCAAGAUGGAUAUAGAUUCGAAAGCUUCAUUGGAUGCCAAGCCAGACAAGCCGGAACGUCAGGAGGGUCAGCUUAUUGGUGGUCUUCAGCCCAAGAAGCUAAUCAACUUGGAGAACUUGAUAUUCGACCAGGGCAACCAUCUAAUGACAAACCCCAAGGUGACGCUACCUGAAGGUUCCACAAAGCGUACCUUUAAGGGCUAUGAGGAAAUCCAUGUUCCGCCGCCCAAGAAGCGUAGCGACCCUAGCGACGUCAGCGUACCAAUCACCGAGAUGCCCGAAUGGGCUCGGGUUCCCUUCGGCACCACCAAAUCGCUCAACAAGAUACAGUCUCAAUGCUAUCCGACAGCCUUCGGCGACGAUGGCAACAUGCUCAUCUGUGCCCCGACGGGUAGUGGAAAGACCAACGUCGCUAUGCUCACAAUCCUCCGCGAGAUUGGCAAGAACCGGGACCCCGAGACAGGAGAGGUCGAUCUCGAUGCGUUCAAGAUCGUGUACAUCGCUCCUUUGAAAGCCUUGGUACAGGAGCAAGUUGGUAACUUUGGGAAGCGCCUAGAGCCUUAUGGUAUCAAGGUGUCUGAGCUCACAGGAGACCGGCAACUCACAAAGCAGCAGAUCGCCGAGACACAAAUCAUCGUGACAACCCCUGAGAAAUGGGAUGUCAUCACCCGCAAGGCAACGGAUCUAUCCUAUACCAACCUGGUCCGCUUGAUCAUCAUCGAUGAGAUUCAUCUGCUUCACGACGACCGUGGUCCGGUCCUUGAAAGCAUUGUGAGCAGAACGAUCAGGAAGACUGAACAGACGGGGGAGCCAGUCCGGAUUGUUGGUCUUUCCGCCACUCUGCCAAACUUUAAGGACGUGGCCAGCUUCCUACGCAUCGACCAGAACAAGGGUCUCUUCCACUUUGAUGGCUCUUUCCGUCCGUGUCCGCUCCGGCAAGAGUUUAUCGGUGUGACGGAGAAGAAGCCCAUCAAGCAGAUCAAGACGAUGAACGACAUCACCUACUCCAAAGUCAUUGAGCAUGUCGGCAAGAACCGAAACCAGAUGCUUAUUUUUGUACACUCGCGCAAGGAGACAGCAAAAACAGCCAAGUACAUUCGGGACAAGGCCUUAGACAUGGAGACCAUCAACGACAUCCUGAAGCAUGACGCUGGCAGUCGCGAGAUCCUCCAGGAGGCGGCAAGCCAGGCCAACGAUGCCGACUUGAAGGAUCUCUUGCCCUAUGGGUUCGGCAUCCACCAUGCUGGAAUGAGCAGGGCUGACCGGACAGAUGUGGAGGAACUGUUUGCGGACGGAGCAAUCCAGGUCUUGGUGUGCACAGCUACUCUGGCUUGGGGUGUCAACCUUCCGGCACACACAGUCAUCAUCAAAGGAACCCAGGUGUACUCGCCAGAGAAGGGUAGCUGGGUGGAACUAAGCCCUCAGGAUGUCUUGCAGAUGCUUGGUCGUGCUGGAAGGCCCCAGUUCGAUACUUAUGGUGAAGGCAUCAUCAUUACGACGCAGAACGAGAUGACCUACUACCUGUCUUUGCUCAACCAGCAGCUCCCUAUUGAGUCGCAAUUGAUGAGCAAGCUCGUUGAUAAUCUCAACGCCGAGAUUGUGCUUGGAAACGUGAGGUCGCGCGACGAAGGAGUGGAAUGGCUCGGAUACACCUAUCUCUUCGUUCGGAUGCUACGCUCACCUGGGCUUUACCAAGUUGGCGCCGAUUACGAGGAUGAUGAGGCAUUGGAACAGAAGCGCGUCGACUUGAUUCACUCAGCUGCCACAGUACUAAGAAAGGGCAACCUUAUAAAAUACGACGAGAAAACGGGAAAGCUGCAGGCCACAGAGCUUGGACGGAUAGCUUCGCACUACUACAUUACUCACGGCUCAAUGGACACGUACAAUACCCUCAUCCAACCAAAUAUUACAACCAUUGAGCUGUUCAGGGUAUUCGCUUUAAGCGCCGAGUUCAAAUAUAUCCCUGUGCGCCAAGAAGAGAAGCUGGAGCUUGCCAAACUGUUGAUGAAAGUUCCUAUCCCCGUCAAAGAGAGCAUCGAAGAACCACAUGCCAAAAUCAAUGUUCUUCUGCAAGCCUACAUUUCCAGAUUAAGACUGGAUGGUCUUGCCUUGAUGGCGGAUAUGGUAUACGUCACACAGUCUGCCGGUCGUAUUUUGAGGGCUAUAUUUGAAAUCACUCUCAAAAAGGGCUGGGCAUCCGUCGCCAAGACUGCGCUUGACCUUUGCAAGAUGGCUGAGAAGCGUAUGUGGCCCACCAUGUCACCCCUGCGACAGUUCCCGACCUGCCCGCGCGAGAUCAUCAAGAAGGCCGAGGGUAUUGAGGUUCCUUGGACCAGCUACUUCGAUCUGGACCCUCCCCGCAUGGGCGAGCUCCUUGGCAUGCCCAAGGCCGGAAAGACAGUAUGCUCACUGGUUGCCAAGUUUCCCAGGGUGGAAAUUCAAGAACACAUCCAGCCUAUCACAAGGUCGAUGUUGCGCGUCGAGUUGAGGAUUACCCCAAACUUUGAAUGGGAUGAUGAGCUGCACGGCAUCUCGGAGAGCUUCUGGAUCCUCGUCGAAGACUGCGACGGCGAAGAUGUUCUCUACCAUGAACAGUUUAUACUACGCAAGGACCUUGCCCAAUCGGAGAGCAACGAACAUGUCGUCGAGUUCACCGUCCCGAUCACGGAGCCAAUGCCCCCUAACUACUUUAUCUCGGUCGUCUCGGACAGGUGGAUGCACUCAGAAACGCGCAUUGCAGUCUCUUUCCAGAAACUCAUUCUCCCUGAGAAGUUCCCCCCUCACACAGAACUCCUAGACCUCCAACCACUGCCUGUUGCUGCCCUCAAGAUCAAGGAAUAUCAGGCUCUUUAUCCUCACUGGAACCACUUCAAUAAGAUCCAGGCACAGACUUUUAAUUCUCUGUACACGACCGAUCAGAAUGUUCUCCUCGGCGCACCUACCGGUAGCGGCAAGACUGUGGCCGCUGAAUUCUCGCUGAUGCGACUGUGGUCAAAGCCUGAGGCCGGUCGAGCUGUCUACAUUGCACCGUUCCAAGAGCUUGUGGAUGCUCGGUUCCAAGACUGGGAGAAGCGGCUGUCUGGUCUCAGAGGCGGCAAAGAUAUUGUCAAGCUCACCGGAGAGACCGCCACGGACUUGAGACUGCUUGAAAAGGGCGAUUUGAUCCUGGCAACCCCGGCACAAUGGGAUCUUCUUUCGCGACAAUGGAAGAGGCGCAAGAACAUUCAGACUGUCGAGCUCUUUAUCGCUGACGAGCUGCACAUGCUGGGCGCCGGUCAAGUUGGUUUCGUCUACGAGAUCAUCGUAUCACGAAUGCAGUACAUUCGCUCUGUUACCGAACAGCCGAUGAGAAUCGUUGGGCUGAGCGUACCUUUGGCGAACGCACGAGACAUUGGCGAAUGGAUAGACUGCAAGAAGCACGACAUCUACAACUUCAGCCCUCAUGUAAGGCCAGUGCCACUUGAGCUGCACAUCCAGUCCUUUACCAUCCCUCAUUUCCCGUCGCUCAUGCUGGCCAUGGCAAAGCCAACAUACCUUGCCAUUACCCAGAUGUCGCCGGAUAAGCCUGCUCUUGUUUAUGUACCCAACAGGAAGCAGACCAGAGCCACUGCCCGUGACCUCCUCACGGCAUGUCUUGCCGACGAAGAUGAGGAUCGUUUCCUUCACGUCGAUGUGGAUCAAAUCAAGCCGCUUCUUGAAAAGAUUCAAGAGGAUGCCCUCCGCGAAUCCCUAUCUCACGGUAUCGGCUACUACCACGAAGCACUGAGCAUGACGGACAGGCGCAUCGUCAAACAUCUUUACGACAAGGGAGCCAUCCAGGUGCUGAUUGCGUCUCGUGAUGUCUGCUGGGAGCUGGAUAGCACCGCGCACUUGGUUAUCGUGAUGGGCACGCAGUACUACGAGGGCAGGGAACAUCGAUACAUUGACUAUCCCGUCAGCGAAAUACUGCAGAUGUUUGGCAAGGCUCUCCGACCUGGCAAGGAGGGUCGGGGCCGCGGUGUGCUGAUGUUGCCGGCGGUCAAGCGCGAUUACUACAAGAAGUUCCUCAAUGAGGCACUCCCCGUCGAGUCUCAGCUCACGGAGCAGUCUCAAAACCACGCAUAUCUUCACGACGCUUUUGUGACCGAGAUCAGCAUCAAGAUGGUCGAGUCUGGAGAUGACGCCCUGAACUGGACAACCUUUACCUACUUCUACCGGCGACUUUUGGCCAACCCAAGCUACUACGGCCUAGCCGAUCCGUCCAACGAUGGCCUCAGCAAGUACCUGACGGAAAUGGUCGAGGAGACGCUGACCGAGCUGUCAGAAUCAAAAAUAAUCGAGUACGACGAGGAAGACGGAUCAGUCACGCCACAGAACGCCGCCAUGAUCGCCGCCUACUACAACAUUUCUUACAUCACUAUGCAGACCUUCCUUCUCUCGCUCAAGGCACGCACCAAGCUCAAGGGCAUCUUGGAGAUUAUCACGUCGGCAGCCGAGUUCGAGUCGAUCCAAAUUCGCCGGCACGAAGAAAGCCUCCUGCGACGCAUCUACGAUCGCGUGCCUGUAAAGAUGACGGAGCCAGUGUACGACUCGCCGCACUUCAAGGCCUUUGUACUGCUACAGGCGCAUUUCUCCCGAAUGCAGCUGCCCAUUGAUCUCGCCAAGGACCAAGAGGUCAUCUUGUCCAAGGUGCUUAGCCUCCUGAGCGCCACGGUCGACAUCUUGUCGUCCGAAGGCCACCUCAACGCCAUGAAUGCCAUGGAGAUGUCUCAAAUGGUGGUACAGGCCAUGUGGGAUCGCGACAGCCCGCUCAAGCAGAUUCCUCACUUCUCGCCCGAGGUGGUCAAGGUUGCCAAUGAAUUUGGUAUCAAGGACGUCUUCGACUUCAUGGAAGCCAUGAACCCAGAGGAGAACCCUCAGUACGAGACACUUGUCAAGCGUAUGAAUCUCUCGCAACAACAGCUCGCGCAGGCGGCCAACUUUACCAAUAGCAAGUACCCAGACAUCUCAAUGGAGUUUGAGGUCGAGGACGAAGACAACCUGCACGCGGGCGAACCUUCGUUCCUCAACAUCAAGAUCGAGCGGGAGGUGGAUGAGGACGAAGACGACGAAAAGGAGAAGCCAGUGGACACUACGGUGCACGCCCCAUUCUUUCCCGUGCGCAAGGCGGAGAAUUGGUGGCUGGUUGUCGGGUCUGAUGCUUCCAAGACGCUGCUGGCUAUCAAGCGGGUGACGAUCGGAAGGAGCCUGAACGUCAAGCUCGAGUUCACGGUGCCGGAGCCCGGGAAGCACGACUUGAAGUUGUUCUUGAUGAGCGACAGCUACGUGGGAGUCGAUCAAGAGCCAGGAUUUUCGGUUACGGUUGGGGAAGCUAUGGAGGUGGACGACGACGAGGAUGAUGAGUGA